AUGGAGAUUUUGGGAGAUGAAAAACCACACGAAGAUGCAAUGAGAGAACUCUACGAAGCAUCAUCAAAUGGAUGUGUGAGUAGCUUAAACACACUGAUAAAAAAAUACCCUCUUAUUCUAAAGAGAGUUUCACUCUGUCGCUUCACUGAAACCCCACUACACAUAGCUUCUUUACUUGGACAUUUGGAGUUGUGUGAGAUUCUUCUUCAGAAUAGUCCCGAUUUAGCAAGUGACAUGGACUCAGAAGGACGUUGCCCUCUUCAUCUGGCUUCAGCUGUAGGGCACACUGAGGUUGUGAAAACGUUGUUGAGGACAAACCCUGACACGUGUUUGGCUCGUGACAAAGAUGACAUGCUUCCUCUCCACUUUGCUGCCAUGAGAGGGCACGUGGGAGCCAUCAAAGAGUUGGUCAACGCCAAGCCUGACUCCAUUCGUGAGAUGACCGAGACUGAUGAUGGUUCUGUUUUGCAUUUGUGCGUUCGCUAUAACCAUUUGGAGGCCUUGAAGUUGCUUCUGGAAUCACUGAGAGGUGACCAUCAAUUCCUAUCACUCAAUGACAGAGAGGGUAACUCUCUUUUGCAUUUAGCAGUCAAACAUGGGAAAACCAAGAUCAUCAAAUACUUGCUUUCACUAUCAGAAAUUAGUACAGAAAUAAAUACUUCGAAUAUGGAGGGUUUGACAGCCAUCGACGUGUUUGAGUGCUAUCAAAGAGGUUUUACGAGUCAACACAUUUUAGCUAAAGGAAAUGGAAAUCCUGCAAAUGGAAUUAUAGCAAAAGAACCAGUUUCCUCAUCAACCUUGGUUAGUAGGCAGAAAACGACUUUAUCAACAUAUAGACAAGUACAACAACCAAGUUCCUCACAAAGCAUAACUGUUAUAAUUGAACAACCAGAUCCUUCACAAAUAUUAGCACCCUCGCUAACUAACAGUGAAGCUCCACAGACAUUAGCACCCUCACUAACCAACAAUGAUCCUACACGAACAUCAACACUCUCCCUAACCAUGAACAAUGAUCCUCCACAAACAUCCGAAUUCCCCCUAACCAACAAUGAUCCUCUACAAAUAUCAGCACCCUCCCUAAGUAACAUUGAUCCUCCACAGACAUCAGAAUCCUCCCUACCCAACAAUGAUCCUCCAGGAACAUCAAAUUCUCCACAAGCAUUAGCACCCUUACUAACCAACAAUGAUUCUCCACAAGCAUCAGCACCUUCAGUAAUUAACAAUGAUUCUGCACAAACAUCAACACCCUCCGUAACCAACAAUGAUCUUUCACAAACAUUAUCACGCUCACUAACCAACAGCCACCCUCUACAAACAUCAGAUUCCCCACAAGAUUCAAUACCUUCACUAACCAAUUGUGAUCCAGCACAAGAAUCAACACCCUCCUUAACCAACAAUGAUCCUCCACAAGCAUCAGGACUCUCCCUAACCGACAAUGAUCCUCCUCAAACAUCAGAUUCUCCACAAGAAUCAACACCUUCAGUAACCAACAAUGAUCAGGCACAAACAUCAACACCCUCCCUGACCAACAAUGAUCAUCCACAAACAUCAGAUUCUCCACAAGAAUCAACACCCUUUGUAACAAACAUUGAUCCAACACAAACACCAACACCCUCCCAGUCCAACAAUUAUCCUCUACAAACAUCAAACUCUCCACAAGCAUCAGCACCCUUGCAAACCAACAAUAAUCCUCCACAAACAUUAGAUUCUUCACAAGAACCAGAUCCUUUAGUAACCCACAAUGAUCCUACACAAACAUCAACACCCUCCCGGACCAACAAUGAUCCUCCACGGGCACCAGCAACAUUAGUAACCCAUAAUGAUCCUCCACGAGUAUCAGCACCCUCACUAACCCACAUCGAUCGUUCACAAUUGAUGGUGGCAGCUACUGUGAUUGCAACCAUGACUUUUCAGUCAGUGAUAAGUCCACCAGGUGGUGUAUGGCAAGGCGAUACAAUACAAGAUGGCCAUACUUGCCCUAACUUCGGUUUCUGUGAAGCAGGCACAGCGGUUGUGGGUUAUGCUUGGUCACCAGAUUUUCUAAAAUUUGUUUUCUUAAACUCUUCUUCUUUCUUUGCGUCUCUUUGUGUGAUGCUGCUUAUCAUGAGCGGGUUUCAGCUAGAGAACAAGGUGGUAAUGUGGACCUUGGCAUUUUUGAUGAUCGUUGCAGCUUCGUGCAUGUUGCUAACGUACAUGUGGGCAUUGGGCUUGAUAAGUCCAAAUCAUAUUUAUUAUAGGAUUCGUAAACUGGGCUAUCUUUUGGUUGGUACUUGGGCUUUUUUGCUUCUGCUUGUUGGUGUGAUUCAAAUACGCCGAAUAGUGAUUUGGGCAAGGUCACGAGCACGACGCAAUUCCUCAACAAAUGCUCCACCGACUCAAAAUUCUCCAACCCAGUGAAAAUUACCAUGUGCCUCCCUUGAUGCUUACAACAGGAAUUUUUUUGGUAUCUUCUUAUUAUUGCUCUAAAGAAAUAAGGUGAAACUGAAACAACUAAUAUUGUAAUUUAGGAAUGAUUUUUAUGCCGAAAAUAAUGAUUUAGUUAUGCAUGUUCUUUUAAUGUUUGCGAGCCUACCAAUGUCAAUUGCCUUUUGAGUUCGUGAUUGUUACUUUGAUGUCAUCCUAAGUUGUUGAAUGCGAUGCACCUACUUGU